GAGUCUCAGCUUGGUCGCCCGGACAGACGCGUUUACACCAAAAAUAAUAAAAAAUAUAUAUAUAUAUUUAUAUAUACAGUAAAGGCGUAUACCGACUGCCAUUAUAACAAUGAAAUACAAAACGCGUGUGCACACAAAGUGAUCAUGUUUUGGACUUAGACUGUGAAGUGUUAUCAGCGUAUUUUUUUUUCCUGUCAAAACCUGGGACCAAAUCCGGUUUAUUAUAAUAUACAAAUAAUUCACUAAAUAAAAUUUCAACAAACAAUAGUUUCUAAUCCUAAAUCCUUUAAGUAAAUUAAUUAGUUAGAUCCAUUUAAAAUAACAUCCCAGUGACUUACAAAAGGCGUAUGGAAGUGACUAGUGAAGACUUCUUUGAGCGGUCGAGUGAAGAGGAAAUAAAGAGGUCAAAAUGAAUGCUCAAGAUGGCGGCGACGUGGCCGCCAGCACACCAGUCACUAACGCAACACCUGACGCUGGCCCCCUCAUUCCGGUCCCCGUGGCCCCCCGCAAGCCGCCGCGGAGAGGCCCUAAGGUUCCACAAGAGAGGCCCAAGAGGGCGCUCUUCUGUCUCACCCUCAAAAAUCCACUCCGAAAGCUCUGCAUUAACAUCGUUGAAUGGAAACCAUUCGAAUGGAUGAUUCUGACUACUAUAUUCGCUAAUUGCAUCGCCCUCGCCGUGUACACUCCCUACCCCGCCAGCGACUCCAACUACACGAACUGGGUUCUGGAGAAAAUAGAAUACAUUUUCCUAGUGAUCUUCACUGGAGAGUGUGUUAUGAAGAUAAUCGCGUACGGUUUCGUCAUGCACCCGGGGUCCUACCUGCGGAACGGCUGGAACCUGUUGGAUUUUACCAUCGUUGUUAUCGGUAUGGUCAGCACAGUUCUUUCGAGUAUCUUUAAAGACGCGUUUGACGUCAAAGCGCUGAGAGCCUUCCGCGUACUGCGACCUCUGAGGCUCGUCUCAGGAGUUCCCAGUUUACAGAUCGUGUUGAACUCGAUCCUGAAAGCGAUGGUUCCCUUACUGCACAUCGCGUUGCUGGUCAUCUUCGUCAUCAUCAUAUACGCCAUCAUCGGCCUCGAGCUGUUCUCCGGCAAAAUGCACAAAUCCUGCUACAAUAAGAGAACAAACGAAAUAAUGGAAAACCCUCACCCUUGCGACGUGGACAACGGGUUCAACUGUUCCUCCAUCGGCGAGGAGAUGGAGUGUCGAGAUGGCUGGAUAGGACCUAACUUCGGCAUCACCAACUUUGACAACUUCGGCCUCUCCAUGCUCACCGUCUUCCAGUGCAUCACACUAGAAGGCUGGACUGAUGUCAUGUAUAAUAUCCAAGAUGCGAUGGGCAACAGUUGGGAAUGGAUAUACUUUGUGUCGAUGGUAAUUCUCGGAGCCUUCUUCGUCAUGAAUCUUAUCCUCGGUGUGUUGUCCGGAGAGUUUUCUAAAGAGAGAGAGAAAGCGAAGAACAGAGGCGACUUCCAGAAGUUGAGGGAAAAACAGCAGUUGGAAGAAGAUUUGAAAGGUUACCUGGACUGGAUCACACAAGCGGAGUACCUCGAGCCUCUCGGAGAUAGAGAGACGGAACAAAGAGACUAUGGAAUUGGAAUUGAUGUGAACUAUUUGGGUCAAACACAAACCGAGCACGACUCCACGGAUCAUCUCGGAAUCGAAGCGAUCGAGCCGCAGAAGACGGCCAGGGGGAAAAUGUGGAAGAAAGAUUUCGAUAAGGUGAAUCGUCGUAUGAAGCGCGCGUGUCGCAGGGCAGUGAAAUCUCAGACCUUUUAUUGGCUCAUCAUCGUGCUGGUGUUUCUGAAUACAGUAGUCCUCGCCAGCGAACACUAUCACCAACCAACUUGGCUGGAUCAUUUUCAAGAGUACGGCAACGCGAUGUUCGUAGCUCUCUUCACGUUGGAGAUGUUGGUCAAAAUGUACAGCUUGGGAUUGCAGGGCUACUUCGUGUCUCUGUUCAAUCGAUUCGAUUGCUUCGUUGUGGUCGGCUCCAUCAGCGAGAUGGUUCUCACCAAGACGGAAGUGAUGCCGCCGCUGGGAGUGUCCGUGCUGCGCUGCGUUCGACUGCUCAGGGUAUUCAAGGUCACCAAGUACUGGCGCUCGCUGUCAAACCUGGUGGCGUCUCUGUUAAACUCGAUCCAGUCAAUCGCUUCGCUGCUGCUCCUGCUGUUCCUCUUCAUCAUGAUCUUUGCUCUCCUCGGGAUGCAGGUGUUCGGUGGCAAGUUCAACUAUGACCCCGUCGAAGAGAAGGACCGGCACAACUUUGAUUGUUUUUGGCAAGCGCUGCUCACAGUCUUCCAAAUCCUCACGGGUGAAGACUGGAACGCGGUGAUGUAUGAAGGCAUCAAAGCGUACGGCGGCGUUGGAACGUUUGGAAUCCUUGCCUGCAUCUACUUCAUUAUACUCUUCAUCUGCGGUAACUAUAUUCUGCUAAAUGUUUUCUUGGCCAUUGCCGUCGAUAAUCUGGCAGAUGCUGAAUCAUUAACCAACAUCGAAAAGGAGGAAGGUCAAGCAACGGAAGAUCAGCAAGGAGUGGAAGGCCCUGAAGGAGAAGAAGUUGAAGGAGCACUCGCAGACACAGACGACGAGUACAUACACGAUGAAGAUGCCUACACGACGGAUAAUUCUGAAAGAGAUUACGAAGAAACAGGUUCAGAAGGCGAACAUCAGGAGGAUCCAGAAGGAGAAGUAGAAGAAGGUGCAGAAGACAACGGAGAAGGAAUCGAAGAAAAUCAAGACAGAGACGAUUUGGAUAAUCUUCAGACAAACCACACAGCGCGCGGUCCCCGCCUGCGCCGCGCGCCGACCUCGUCGUCCGCCCGGCCUCGCCGCCUGUCCGCCGUGGACCUCGGCGUCGGACCCAAACCCAUCCCCGAAGCCUCCUCCUUCUUCGUCUUUUCACCCACCAACAGGUUUCGAGUGUUCUGCUACAAAAUGUCUUCAUCAUCAACGUUCGGAAACAUCAUCCUGGUGUGUAUCAUGCUGUCGUCUGCUAUGUUAGCAGCAGAGGAUCCGUUAGACGCUGUGCAGAAAGGCUUUAGGAAUUGGCUUCUCAGUCAGUUCGACAUGUUCUUCACGGGGAUCUUCACGUUGGAGCUGUUCCUGAAGCUGGUGACAUACGGCCUGGUACUUCAUCGUGGCGCCUUUCUCCGUUCAGCAUUUAAUGUGUUGGACAUGCUAGUCGUCUGUGUGUCACUCAUCUCCAUGAGCUUUAAGUCUGGAAGUAUAUCAGUUGUGAAAAUAUUGCGAGUGUUCAGGGUGCUGAGGCCACUAAGAGCCAUCAACAGGGCAAAGGGCCUUAAGUAUGUAGUGAAAUGUGUGAUAGUAGCCAUUAAGACUAUAGGAAAUAUAAUGUUAGUUACGUAUCUAUUACAAUUUAUGUUCGCUGUCGUCGGUGUACAGUUAUUUAAGGGUAAAUUUUUUAGAUGUAAUGAUAUUUCAAAAAUGACUAAAGCUGAGUGUCAAGGGACGUAUUUAGUGUUCGAAAACAGAAAUUAUGUAGUUAGGGAUAGAGAAUGGAAGAGAAAUGAUUUUCAUUUUGAUAAUGUGAUGAAAGGGAUGCUUACUCUCUUCACUGUGUCUACUUUUGAAGGAUGGCCAGGGUUAUUGUAUGUGUCUAUAGACUCGAAUGCCGAGGACCGUGGUCCUAUAACUAACUUCCGUCCAAUUGUUGCAGCCUACUACAUAAUUUAUAUUAUUAUUAUUGCCUUCUUUAUGGUUAAUAUAUUCGUGGGUUUCGUCAUAGUGACAUUCCAGAACGAGGGUGAGCAGGAAUACAAGAACUGUGAACUUGAUAAGAAUCAGAGGAAUUGUAUAGAGUUCGCUUUGAAAGCCAAACCAAUAAGAAGGUACAUCCCAAAACACCGCAUUCAAUACAAAGUGUGGUGGUUCGUGACGUCACAGCCGUUCGAGUACGCGAUCUUCGUCCUCAUCAUGAUCAACACCAUCACGCUGGCGAUGAAGUACCACGAUCAGUCCCCGGAGUACAGUCGGGCUUUGGAUAUGUUGAACAUGAUAUUCACCGCGGUUUUCGCUCUAGAGUUUAUAUUCAAACUAGCGGCCUUUAGGUUUAAGAACUAUUUCGGGGACGCGUGGAACACUUUCGACUUUAUCAUCGUCUUGGGCAGUAUCAUCGACAUCGUUGUCUCGCAAGUAAACGAACUCAAGAACCAGGGAAGUGGCGUGCAAAGAGCGCAUGUCGUCAAGGAAAGCUCCAUCCCAUCCAUCAACUUCUUCCGUUUGUUUCGUGUCAUGAGACUUGUGAAGCUACUCUCCAGAGGCGAGGGCAUACGAACACUUUUAUGGACUUUUAUCAAGUCUUUUCAAGCACUUCCCUAUGUAGCCUUGCUCAUCUUGAUGCUAUUUUUCAUUUACGCCGUCGUUGGGAUGCAGGUUUUUGGUAAAAUAGCAAUAGACGAUGAAACGCCCAUCACCAGAAACAAUCAUUUUCAAACAUUUCCGCAAGCUAUACUCGUGCUCUUCCGGUCUGCUACCGGUGAGGCUUGGCAGGAUAUAAUGAUGGGCGUGUCUCCGGAUCCAGAUGUACGAUGUGACGAGAAUUAUAAAGAAGAAGAAGGCGAAGACGAGGGCGGUGGUUCCUGCGGCUCAGUGCUAGCCUUCCCAUACUUUAUCUCAUUCUAUGUUCUUUGUUCCUUCCUUAUUAUUAAUUUAUUUGUUGCUGUCAUUAUGGAUAAUUUUGACUAUUUGACCAGAGAUUGGUCAAUUUUGGGACCACACCACUUAGAUGAAUUUAUAAGAUUAUGGAGUGAAUAUGAUCCUGACGCCAAGGGACGUAUAAAACACUUAGAUGUAGUUACGUUACUAAGAAAAAUAAGCCCACCAUUAGGCUUCGGCAAGUUAUGUCCUCACCGCGUCGCGUGUAAGCGUCUCGUGUCAAUGAACAUGCCACUCAACUCGGACGGCACCGUCCUGUUCAAUGCGACUCUGUUCGCCGUCGUCCGGACCUCGCUCAAGAUCAAAACUGACGGUAAUAUCGACGACUGCAACACAGAGCUUCGAGCCGUCAUCAAGAAGAUCUGGAAAAGAACUUCUCCAAAACUUUUAGACCAGGUGGUACCUCCACCCGGAGAUCCUAACGAAAUCACCGUAGGGAAGUUUUAUGCUACUUUCCUUAUUCAAGAUUACUUCAGACGGUUCAAAAAGCGCAAGGAACAAGAGUUACGGCAGAACGACGAACAGACACAUCAGAUGACGCUACAAGCUGGGUUAAGAACUCUACAUGAAGCAGGGCCGGAGUUGAAGCGAGCCAUCUCUGGGAACCUCGACGACAUCGUUCCUGAGAGCGACGUGCCUAUGCACAGGAGAAAUCAUUCACUUUUCGGAGGAGUGUGGUCAAGCAUACGCAGGCACGGACCAAACAGACAUUUUCACAGACAUCGAAAACACGGGGAUUCACCUCAAGAAAAUGUUGGAAACCAUUUAAGUUCCAUGAUGCAGCGCGAGUAUGGAGUGGGACCAUUACCCUUAGCACCUAAUCUAGCCAACGGCCAGCCUAAGGAACAAAUACCGCUUAGACCAUUAAUAUUCAACGGGGAAUCAGAGAAAAUAUACCAAGUUCUAGAAGCAACAACAAAUGAUCUAAAGAACGCUAUUUACAAAGGGAGCGAUAAUUCAAGUCGGGGCGUGGUUUCUCUUCCUGGCAGUCCUCGGAAUAGCUCCUCAGUACCAGUAGUUGGUUCAGCGGAAAGUCUCGUUACGAGGGUGCUCGCUGAACAAGGCUUGGGAGAAUAUUGUGACCCAGAAUUCGUGAGGAACACGUCACGAGAAAUGCAGGAGGCACUCGACAUGACCCAAGAACAAAUGGAUAGAGCGGCACAUCAAUUAAUGGUUCAAGAAAAGAACUUAAAACAAGUUCAAAACCAACAAACCCAAGUGGAUAACUUUUGGGAUGUUGUAGGGCGAGAUUCUAGCCCGACAGUACCACCCCCACCACCAGCCAGCCGCGCCUCCACCCGGAAAGCGGUUAUAGCACCGACACAAAAUGGCGUCCAAGACGGCGCCGACAAACGUCACUCGCACCAUAGGAGGAAACGGAAACGCAAGCCAGUGCUUGUCUAGACACUUAAAGUCUUUGAUUCUUAAUUUUACAGUUUGAUAAUGCUCAAUUAUUUCCAGAUACUUUCGUAUCUUAGAGCCUUUUGGCGAUCGAAUGGCGACUUCAACGGGCGGAACAACACUAGGCACUACAAAAAAUUAUAAAUUUCUUAAACCCGUGACUAGCACGGACCAAAGUGAGAUUUGUAGUUCUGUAGGUAUUUAACGGAUUAUUGUAGAUUAAUAACUUACAUUAGUAUGGAAUUGUAAAACUUUUGAUGCGAUUAUACAGUAUUCGUCGUUUUCCUACAAGAAAAUUUAAUGCAUGGAAAAAAUGAAAGAAUUUUUUUUUUGGGAUCAUAGUUUAAAAUUUUCCAAGUUUGAGAGAGAGAUGAUCAUGUAAAAUGUCAUAAGUACUACAUUACGGCGUGGCGAGAAUCUUUCUCAAUGAAAGCUUUUAUACGCACAAUAGAUAAAGGAUGGCAUAAUUAAUAUACUUUGCUACAAUUGUAAUACUUUAAAAUUAUAUUUGAAGAAAAAAAAUGUAACUAGAAAUUUCUUAAAUGUUUGUUCGAGCUUUAAGCAAUGUUUUUGUGAUGUAACUUACAUAUGGUAUGCGACCUUGAUUGAUUUCAGUAUUAAUUAUCAUUAAGUGAUUAGAUGAUAAGUAGAUAAUGUCUCUGUCGAUGGACCAUGAUCUUAGUGUUUUUCAAUUUCUUUUUCGGCCGUUAACCAGACUGACCUGUUAGCAUUUGUGAUAGUAGAACCCUAAUUAUUACUCGUGAUUUUUCUAACUUUUUAAAACAACACAAAUUUUGCAUUUACACAAUUAAAUUUAAUAAUAUACCACAAUUACAUCAGCGACAAUACCACACUUAAAGACUUGACGAACUUUAUACUAAGAUAUUUCAUUCAGUAGAUCGGAAUAUUCACACCAUAGAAAUCAGGGAUUGAAAUUUUAUUGAUAAACAAAUAUUCUAUGGAUUACAAUAUUUUCACGAAGUUUGCCUUACGUCAUCUCCAAACAUUGUCACAUUAACGCAAAUUACAAAUUAUUGUAAUAAAUAUCGUUGGAAUUCAAAUCUCACGUCAGGUAUCGCCAUUUCAAAGUAAAAUGAUAAUUAACGUUCUAUAAAAGACAACUGGCAACACCAUCACACCCGUAAUAGCAUUUAUAAUGAAAUAUUUUCUUGUCUUCCGUUUCGAACAGCACUUAAGAAAUUCAUUAAACUUUAUAAACACUUGAAAAUAUUCUAAAUUUUAAAUAAUAGUUAAUAGUUAAAUAUAAAUAAUAUUAGUAUAUCUAUGUAAAUUGUAACUUGAAAAAAUUCAUACAAGUUUUUAAAUUUUCGUUCCUCAAUUAAAAUAUCUCUAUACAGAUUUCUCCAAAAGUAUUCAAACCCUUUACCUUAAAAUAUAAUGGAAAUUGAUUAACUUAGCUUAAGGAUUCCCUAGUAAGUGUCCUUUUAUUCUUGGUGUAUUUAAAAUAAAUAUUUGUAUUACCUUACCCGUUUGACGAACCACAUUCCUCUAGAUUUAAGAAAAUUAAAAUCAAUUAACUGUGGUGGUAAAGUUUGAUAUUAGCCGGACACAAAAUAAAAAUCUCAACAUUGUGAAAGACAAUUUCUAUAUUUAUGCGUUAUAUAUCAUUUGUCCUUAUAUGGGUUUUAUGGUUAACAAAAAAUGGCAUAGUCUUAGAUGAAGCCGUAAAUUUGAUGAACAAUCGGAAUAAUUAUCAUUACAACUACUUUUCUAUAUACAAAUUGUUGUAUCUUAAACUUUGAGAUUUUAAUUUAAUUAUAUCUUCUCUAGUAUUGUAAAAGUUUCUGAGUAUGGUGGUGUAGACUGUAGUGAUACUUUGGUUUUAAAAAAUUAUUGCUUGUUACAACUUUAACAGUAAAAAUGAUUAUGCUCAUUCUUUGUUCUAUAAAAUCCAUAGAAUCAGAAACUGUUUUAUGAAUUUUAUUAGUUGUGAACCAAACAUAUAACUUUGUUUUUUUUUUUUUUUACAAUUAAAACUAACUCAUUUCGUUAAUAAUGAGUUUAAUUAUUUGUUUCUAAACGAUCAUUUAUUUUCUAUUAUUUCUGUAUAAUCUGUGUUUAAAAAUAUGUAUUUCCAAAUAGAAUACCGAGUGCCAACUCUAUUGUUUUUCUUUUUUGUCUUCGGAGUUUAAGACACGAACACUCUUUUAAAAAUGCACAAGUUUUGAAUUUUAUAGAAUACAAACUGUUAAGUUUUCAAUAUUUAUUCUUUGUUAUUAUAAAAUAGACGAUUAUAACUGUUUUUGAAAUAAUUAUUUACUUGAAUUUUGCGAUUUUAAUAUUUGACAUCAACUUUCAUACCUAACAAAUCUAUUUAACAAUAUUGUACAUAUUUAAAUAUAAUCUUUAUUUAAAAAAGCAAAAAAAAAUACAAAUAUGCAAUUAUUAUCUGUUUCACAAAAUUUAUGACGUAAUCAUUUGGUCCCAAGACGAAUUUUGAAAAAAUGUAAAUAAUGUACAAAAAUAAGGCAUGUAUUUUAACGUUUGUCGACAUUUAAAUAUUUCUUUUUUUUUCUAGCUUGAGGCUAGAUGUAAUGGGACUUUUGAAUGUAAUUAUGUAAAUAAAAAUACCUAUAAUUAAAAGAUAUAUUUAUUCCGUCAGUCAUUAUCUAUAUCUAUUGUUUUAAAAACAUUGUAAAAUUGUUUUCAUAUAAAUAAAAACGUAAAAAAAUA